UCUGGUACUUCAUUGUUCUAUUCCACAUUAACAUUUUAAUUAGAUCCUCGAUAACAGGAUAAAGUUUUAGUACAAGUCUCGCUUUCGUGGCGAUAACAAGCGGUGAAAACAUUUUUUUUUUCGAGUCGCCGACAUGGGUGAAAAAAAAUUAUCGACUAAGCGGGACGUGGAUUGGUUCUUGGCCCUCAUCCAGAUACACGCAGCCUUCGUCAUAGUCGUGGGGUUGCACGUUUGCGUUUUUCAAGCGCAGUGGAAGACUCUUUUUUUCAGUAUUUUUCUCUGCCUGUUCGGCAAUUUAGGACUGACAGCUGGAGCGCACAGGUUAUGGGCCCAUCAAUCUUACAAGGCGUCCAUAAAACUCAAAUUGUUCCUUGCACUAUGCCACACUUUGGCCGGAACUGGUUCCAUCUAUUCAUGGGCAAGAGUGCACAGACUCCAUCACAAACAUUUCGGAACUGAUCUGGAUCCUUACAACUGCAGUAAAGGCUUCUAUUACGCGCACGUGAGAGGAUUUUGCUUCAAACUGAGCGAAGCCCAGGAGGAAGCCUUGAAUGAAAUCGAUACGACAGAUUUGGAAGAGGACAAAAUCGUCAUGUUCCAACAUAGGUAUUAUUGGUAUCUGUUCGUGAUUAUAGCAGUUCUGUUGCCUGUGAAUGCACCAGUUGAAUACUGGGGAGAAACUAUAAUGAGCUCAGUGGCAAUCGCAGGCUUCAUGAGGCUUGCAGUCAUUUUCCAUUCCAACUUGUUGAUUGCUAGCGCCACCAAACUCUUGAGUUUAGCUCCAGGUGAAAAGUUCCCCAGUGAUACCAACCUGGCCUUCCUCUUCACCAAAACACACUGGAUCUCCUAUCAUUACAUGGCGCCCUUCGAUUACCAGACGGGAGAAUACGGGAAAUAUGGCGACGAUUGUCCCACCAUGUUCAUCAAAAUGUGCGAAGCCUUGAAUCUAGCCUCGGACCUGAAGACGGUGGACAGCGACACGAUAAGGAAGGCUCUCGUCAAAUCCGUAGACGAGAAGAAAAGUUUGUCGUCGACUCUGCACGAGAUGCAGGAGAUGGAACAGAAGAGGAAAGACAACAUUUUCAGACCGACGAAAUUUUUCUAGUCUCGAUAAAACUACGUGCUUAUUUUUUCAAUAAAGAUUUUUUAUUUUGUAA